AUUACUAAAAUAGAAAACCUCAGUCAUUUGAGUGAACUGAGUGUGUUAAACCUUGCCAGAAACCUACUAACUACUGUAGAAAACCUUAAUGGACUGGAUUCACUCACAGAGCUCAACCUUCGUCAUAAUCAAGUCUCUGCUAUAAAAGAUGUGGAUACUUUGCCCCGUCUCAAGCGUCUCUUCCUCAGCUUCAACAAUAUAUCUAGUUUUGAGGAUAUUCUGUGCCUUGCCGAUUCCUCAUCUUUGUCAGAUAUCACCCUUGAUGGCAAUCCAAUAGCUCAGGAGACAUGGUACAAACACACUGUUCUCCAUCAUAUGAUGCAGCUACGGCAGCUAGAUAUGAAGAGAAUCACAGAAGAAGAAAGACGUAUGGCAUCUGUUGCAGCAAGGAAAGAAGAAGAAAGGAGGCGUGAAAGCCAUAAACAGACCUUGCUUAAGGAAAAGAAACGGUUAACGAUUUGUCACAUUGCUCGGCAGUGGGAGAUCCAUCAGAAUCGAGUCGUUCUUGUGGCAUCUUUAAACCAAGAUAAAGAUGCCGAGCCCUGUCAGAUCAAUGGCAGCACUCCAUAUGUACUCCCUGAAGAAAGCAGGUCUCUUGAUACAAUAUUGAGCAGUGCAGUACAAGGCUUAUCUGUUCUUGAGUCCCAUUUAGUUGAAGUGGAAGGUGACACUCUUUGCUUGUAUGGUGCUGGAGCACUUGAGUGCCUGGAUCGAAACUGGAGUGUUCAAACAGCUGGACUUAUUGUGACAGUCUCCUUCAUGUUCAUAGAGUUUGAUGAAAUUGUUCAAGUGUUAACAAAACUGAAGAUAAAAUUUCCUAAUUCUGUGCACCUGAAGUUUAAGGAGACAAAUCUCGUGGCGUUGCAGCAGUUCAAUGCAUUAGCCCAGAUGCAUCACAUGGAACAGCUUACAGUUGAUCCUCAGGGAAAUCCCAUUGUCAACUUUACUUUGUGGAAAUACUAUGUUCUGUUUAGACUGAACCAUUUUAAUCUACAGAAGAUAAAUGGAGUAAAGGUUGCUGAAGAUGAUAUUGUAAUGGCAGAAAGGCUCUUUGGGGUUCUGGCAUAUGUAGCAUCUUCUGAGCUGCCACAUUAUCGCAUACUUUCAUUAUUUGGAGAAUCUAGGAGGAAGCAAUUCCAUUAUUUCCUGGAGGGAAAGGUGAAGAAAUCUGGGAUUGGGGGUGAGGAAAGUAGUGAUCACAGAAGAAACGGAGGGGGAAGCACAACUCGAGCCAUGUUGAAUUACACAACAAAGGACUUUCAUAUGGAAAAGCUUGAGGAAAUCAAGGAAAGAAAAACAUUUUGCCAGACAUAUGUCGAGAGCUUGGUGAAAGAAGCAGCUGACAUCAAUAUGAAAAAUGAGUCAUUGCAGAAGCUCUGGCCUCAAAUGUUCAUUGAGCUCGUCAGAGAUGCAGUGUUAGAAAUACGCAAUAAAAAUUCCUACAUGAAACUCUGCUUACAGCGGAUCACGGAUCAAAAACAGUAG